AUGGAGGAGGGUUUGUUAUUGCCAAGAGGCAAAGAAGAAGAAGAAGAGCAAAGAAAAGAGUCAUGGGGUUUGUUUUUCGAAGAAGUCAAGAGGUUGGGUUGCUUAGCAGGACCUAUGGUUGCUGUGUUGUUAUCACAGUACAUGGUGCAGGUUGUUUCCAUGAUGAUGGUUGGUCACCUCGGCGAGCUUGCUCUCUCCAGCACUGCCUUGUCUAUAUCGUUUUCGGGGGUCACCGGCUUUAGUCUUCUUCUAGGAAUGGCCAGUGCACUUGAAACUUUAAGUGGGCAAGCGUAUGGUGCUGAGCAAUAUGAGAAAGUUGGACUUCAAACCUACACUGCCAUAGUUUCUCUCACCGUAGUUUGUCUUCCUUUGUCUUUAAUAUGGAUAUAUAUAGAUGAUAUACUGAUGUUCAUGGGUCAAGACCCUGAAAUCUCACGUGAAGCUGGCAAAUUCACACUAUGGCUUCUUCCUGCUUUGUUUUCUUAUGCAACUCUCCAACCACUCAAUAGAUACUUUCAGACUCAAAGUUUAAUAAUUCCUAUGCUCCUGAGCUCUUUGGCGACUAUUUUGUUCCAUAUUCCUCUCUGUUGGGCUCUAGUAUUCAAGUCUGGACUGGCUAGCCUUGGAGGGGCAUUAGCAAUGAGUAUUUCCUUCUGGUUCAAUGCGAUUAUACUUGGAUUGUUCAUGAAGUUUUCUUCUGCCUGUUCCAAAACCAGAGUUCCAAUUUCUAUGGAGCUAUUCUAUGGAAUGAGAGAGUUCUUUCGCUUUGCCAUCCCUUCCGCUGUGAUGAUAUGCCUUGAGUGGUGGUCUUUUGAGCUGCUAAUCUUGCUGUCCGGGCUUUUGCCAAACCCAGUUCUUGAAACUUCAGUUCUGUCUGUAUGUCUCCAGACCAUUGCAACACUCUAUUCAAUACCGUAUGGGUUUGGUGCUGCAGCAAGUACUAGAGUUUCAAAUGAACUAGGAGCUGGCAACCCAAAAGCUGCUCGUAUUGCCACACAUGCUGCGAUGUUUCUUGCACUCACAGAGGCAACUAUAAUAACCACAAUCCUCUUUGCCUGCCGCAAUGUAUUUGGCUACACUUUUAGUAACGCGAGAGAUGUCAUUGAUUACGUCACAACCAUGGCUCCUCUUGUUUGUCUAUCUGUUUUACUAGACAGUUUUCAAGGGGUUCUUUCAGGCAUUUCUAGAGGAUGUGGGUGGCAGCAUAUAGGGGCUUACAUAAACCUUGGAGCAUUCUAUUUAUGUGGGAUUCCAGUUGCUGCUACAUUAGCUUUCUGGGUACAACUAAGGGGAAGGGGUCUUUGGAUUGGAAUACAAGUUGGAGCUUUGGUGCAAACCACUCUGCUUGCUAUUGUAGCAACUCGUACAAACUGGGAAAAACAGGCGAGUAAGGCAAGGGAGAGGAUAUUUGAGGCAAGCGAUGAAGAAGCUGAAGGAUUGUUGCACUAAUGGAGCAGAGAUUAACCAGUUUUGAUGUGCUUAAUU